AUGGCUUUAAAUGGUACUCGGAAAAUUACAGAUCUAUUUCGUCAAUGGUUUAAUCAACAAAAACUUCCUUGGAGUAAUUCUUCACUUGGAGGUGGUAGUGAUUAUGUUCCAUUUCUAGCUGCAGGCAUAGUAGUCGGUGGAGUUAAUACAGGAGCUGGAGGAAUUAAAUCAGUCAAUGAACGAGAUCAAUAUUCAGCAAUAUUAGGAAUAGGAAACGGUGGAAUAGCCAAUGCUGCUUAUGAUCCAUGUUAUCAUCAACAAUGUGAUACAAUCACAAAUAUUAAUCCAUUUUCAUAUGAAAAAGUUGUUAAAGCAGCUGCUCAUGCUAUGGAAUAUCUUGGAAGAUUGAAUGAUUUAGAAAAAUGGCUUUAUCCACAAGGUCGAACGAAAAAUUUUCAAUUUCUAAAACCAAAUCAUUUAUAUAAUUUUCAUAAUGAUCCGGAUUUUAUUUGGGCUUGA